AGGCCAGGCAGUGGGAAGUUGACAACAGGCCGCGAAGUAAAUAAGAGUGCCGAACACUCUGGAGCUCCGUCGUUUCCAGGCAAAAUUUGUUAGACUUAUUGUUGUGCGCGGUGCCAAGAGGCUGCUCUUCCGCAACUAAACCCAAGGAAUCAAUAGAAAAGCACAAUGUCAGACCGCAAAGCUGUUGUCAAAAAUGCCGACAUGUCCGAGGAGAUGCAGCAAGAUGCAGUGGAUUGCGCAACUCAAGCUUUGGAGAAAUACAACAUUGAAAAAGACAUAGCUGCCUUUAUCAAGAAGGAAUUUGACAAGAAGUACAACCCUACAUGGCAUUGCAUUGUUGGCCGUAAUUUUGGAAGCUAUGUAACCCAUGAGACUCGACACUUCAUCUACUUUUACCUUGGGCAAGUUGCCAUCCUUCUUUUCAAGAGCGGUUAAUCCCAAUUUUUUCCCUCCAAAACUUUCAAAUUCUCUAAUGCAAAUUUCCAACCUUUGUGCUCAUUGAAGAUGGUUAUGUUUGUCCAUGUGAUAGCCACAAUGUAAGAAGAGGAGGAGGCAUGUGUUAUUUUGUCAAAUUAAACUGGUUGUUAGUCUCUUUAAUUUCUUUUUGAACAGUAAGGGAAAAUUCUUGCCUCCUUCCUAUCUUUAUUACCAUUGAAUUUUGGAGUUCCUGUAGCUUCCUGGGAAGAAAUUAACUUCAUGUCUUAAAGAUAUGCUUCUAUCUUUACUAUGCCAUAUUUGACUGUUCCCCUUAAUUUUGUAUUGACUAAAUUAAUUUUAGGCUUCACCUUUUACUGACUUUCUAACUUCCAAAUUUGAGGUGGACUCACUUUUAUGGAUUAAAACUGUUGGUACAAAAUUCUUGGGUUUCAGCCUGCGCAAAUCUCAAAUUUAGUUUUUAAGUUCUUUGUUUUAGUUAAUUAAGACAGCAGAAUUCAGUUUGUUUCUCACUAAUUGAUAUGGUAAUUGUCACAUCUGCAUAGAUUUGGCAAUUCUUUCGUUUUUUUGUUUUCUUUUGUUUUUUUAAAUUCUGUGCAGAACAGAAGAAAAUAAAAUUGCUUUGGUUUUGAGAUAUUUAGUUGCCUGAGGCAAUUUCACCCAUGUACAAAUUGUUGUGACAAAUGCUCUCAUUUUAAGGAGUGUUGAUCAUUCAUGGUAGGAAUUCAAUCAGUACCUUAGUAGGAUACCGAUUCUGUUAUUAAGUCAACCUGUUAAAGGACUUUCUGCAAUUAGCAAGUAUCCAUUGAUAGCAGUUAACUCCUAUGGCUUGUGUUCAUGACCUGCCAUUUUUGGUGUCCUACUGUGCGUGAAUGUUAUUUUCCUUUGCCUGUUUUAAAUUAUGUGCUAUUUUCAUUUGAGAUGGAUGUUGUUAUGUUUUUGUACAAAUGUGAAAAAGGAUAAAGUAUUAUUUCAAGAUUUGAAGUAUUGAUUUCAUUGUCAUCCUUCUAAGAAGCAGUUGUCGAUUCUGUGUUUGGUGUGAUCUAUAUGUACAUUCUUGUGAUGCUAGGCAAGUUUAAGAUGCACAUGUGGUUUAGUUUUGAUCAGUCAAAUUA